CGAACGUCGUCGCGUCAUGGCGCUCAUCAACGCCCUCUCCUCGCUGUCCCUCGCGUCCGCGCCCCGCACGUCGGGCGUCGGGUUCAAGAAGUCCGUCGCGUCCUUCGUCGUCUCGCCCCCGAAGGUCUCCGGCUCGGCCAGCGCGCGCGGGGUUUUGCACAUCUCGUGCAAGCAGAACAAAAAAGCCCGGGCGCUUCAGAGCGUCCAAGAGCGCUUGUAUAACAAGGCGAGGAAGAGCGAGAUCACGACGCGCAUGAAGAAGGUGUUCGUCAAGGCGUCGGCGCUCAAGGAGGGCGCGUGCACGGAGGAGGACAUCGGCGCGUUGGAGACGCUCAUCUCCGAGGCGACGAAGGCGGUGGACAAGGCGGUGGCGAAGGGGGUGCUGCACAAGAACACGGGCGCGCGCAGGAAGGCGAGGAUGUCCAAGUACAAGCACGAGCUUCGCAAGGAGAAGGGGCUCAUGACCGCGUGAUUUGAUCGAUCAGUAUUUAUUGCUUCUUCAGUGCGAAUUCAUUCGUUCACUUCGCGCAGCCGUGCUAGGCGGGGCGGACGGGGAGGAGGUCGCGCCGCUCGAGGGUGAUUUUUUAGCGGAGGACCGCGUCGGCGUCGGCGCCGUCGCGGUCCUCUCGUCGUUGUGAAUAAUAAACGCGUAGGUUCAUCG